CUUACUGUGUUGUCUUCACACUCUCAUCCCAUCGCACACUUCCAAUUAUGCACAUAAGCAUACCUAUCAAGAAACAGCUGGCUCGCAUUGCCGCAAUUGAAGCAGAGAUUGACGAAAUACAGAAACAGCUCGGUGAGGGGGAAGACGCGAAAGAGAUCGUCUCCAGGCACAUCAAGCUCCUGCAUCGGUACAACGAGACGAAGGAUGCAGCUCAGAUCUUGAUGGGACGGCUGGCCUCGCACCGCCAAUCCACUAUCCGUCAAAUCCACGAGGAAUAUGGCCUUGCAGAUGAUGAUUAAGCGGCUCUUGUGUCCGUAUAUAAUGCAUAUGCUUCGAAUUAAUGCGUUUCUGUCGGGAAAC